CUCAUAGGUUAAUGUUCAUAAUAGAGCUCAGCAUUUGUUUUUGUUUUUAUGGUACGAUGGGAUUUAGGAAAAAAUGCGAACUAAUUUUACAAGCAAGUUUUAUCUUAAAGUUACUAGUUUUCUUUAUCUACAAAAUAAAAGACCCCGGAAGUCCACUCUCCGUUUGUAAACACACGCGGCUUGUAGUCGUGUCUGCUACUCAAUUAUGCCAAAACUGUUUGAUAUAAAGUUCCCAGGAGAAUGUAAGACUCUUCCCGAAGGCUUUUGGUCAGCUGUAGACGUGUGGAUAAAGAAACCUCACGUUGUAAACAAGCGUCUUUGCGGAGUGAAGGAGACGGAGAGUAAAGAUGUGGGCAGAGAGGCUCUGCUGUUCCUGCUGGAUGAUCCUCAGCAAGUGUUGUCCUUCAUCAGCGGCAGGGUGUCACCGGCACAGACGCACGACAAGGGAAAGCCCUGGUCUUUUAGUGUCAGAACAUUUAUUCCUAAAGUAAACCGGUAUGGGACACACCUUCAUAAAGAGGUUAUACUCAAAGACUUUGACAGACAACAAGUGACCUUUCUUCCGUUUGAAGAGGAUUCAGAAAGAAAGGUGUCUCUAAAGAAGGGCAACAUUUAUCAGUUCCAGCUCCUCCAUCAGGACUGUGAGGAAUGGGCCUUGGAGCUGCAUGUUCUAGCUUCAGAUGCGUGGUUUUCUGAUGGCGUGGCGUACCCAAAUCUGCCCUGGCUGUCCACUGAUCUGCUGCCUAAACUGGUGCGCUGGGCCACCGAGUGCAAGAGCAGCGAGUUCAGGAGCACCUUGUCUCUGCUGCCGGUGGAGAAGUACAGCGUCAUGUACCAGCAGCUGAAAGAGAAGUACAAGGCCAUGGUCAAGGUUUGGCCUGAGGUUACAGAUCCUGACAAAUUUGUCUAUGAGGAUGUUGCCAUUGCUACAUAUCUCCUUGUGCUGUGGGCUGAGGAGCGAGCAGAGAAAAGUCUGAGCGCCAGACAGUCCUUUGUGGACCUGGGCUGUGGAAAUGGCCUCCUGGUUCACAUACUGGCCAAUGAAGGGCAUCCUGGAAAGGGCAUCGAUGUUCGGAAGAGGAAGAUCUGGGACAUGUACGGCCCCCAGACCGUGCUAGAGGAAAAGGCAAUUACUCCCAGCGAGAGCUUCUUAUUCCCGGUUACGGACUGGCUGAUUGGAAACCACUCGGACGAGCUCACACCUUGGAUCCCCGUUAUAGCUGCCAGGUCAUCUUACUCCUGCCGGUACUUCGUCCUCCCUUGCUGUUUUUUCGACUUCUAUGCAAAGUACCAGAGACGUCAGUGCAAGAAGUCUCAGUACAAGGAAUACAUCGACUUCAUCACGGAGGUCAGCCAAGUCAGUGGCUUCAGCACUGAGGAGGACUGCCUCAGAAUACCCUCCACCAAACGGGUGUGUCUGGUGGGACAGUCAAGAAACUACCAGCUAUCUGACGAGGCCGAGGCCGAGCAGCGAAGAGCUCAUUACAUCCAGAGCCGCCAGCCCUCCUCUGGGGCCACAGUUCAAAGGUCAGACAUCGGAAAUGGCGUGGACUGUUGCCAUGGGAAGAGAGACACUGACUGGUCCCGCGACAGCAGCUGGGGAGAGGGGUUCCAGCCCAGAGACAGGGUUGAAACUGUUCGAAACUGUGCCGCUCUCCCGCGGGACUUUGUCGACGGUGUUGUCCUGCAGGUUGCUAAUGUUCUUUUGGGAAUGACUGAAGGUGACGGCCGCGGGUCCUCCAGUGACUGGAAUCGAGGAGGCAGCCUCUCUGUGAGCGAGGUCGCUGGGCUGUUGGAGCAGGAAACCUUGCAGCUGCUGAAGAAUGAGUGUGGAGGCCUUCAGACGCUGCUCAAGAACAACCACCAAGUCUUUAGAGUAGAAGGAGGGAGGGUGUACAUAAGAGACUGGCGGGACAGGAAGUCCUCCAGGGUGGAUACAAAGAGGAAGCCCGUUGCCCUUGGUGCCCUGAAAACUCGCCCCUGCUGGUUCUACGACCACCACCCUCAGCGCUGCCCCCUGCAGGCCCAACACUGUGCCUUCGCUCACGGUCCUGAUGAGCUCCGACCCUCGACCAGACCUCUGAAGAAGAUGAAAAACGAUGCCUUGUGAUUGGCUCAUUCCUCCUGAAGACUUUAUUUGAAGUCUUCUAUUUAGUUAAUUUUUUAACUUGAGUAAAUACUUUACAUACAGUAUAUUACAGUAUUCACUCAUAUGAACCUCUUAAAGCCUCCACAUCCAGCUCUGCAAUCACAAAGAGGAAGAAGUUCAGGUCCAAGCAGUGUGAGUUUUAUUGAUGCCACGUUACAUCAUUUCUGGGAAUCGAGGUCUUGAAAUUUCAGUGUCCUCUUUUUUCUGUGUGAGGCUGCCAAAAUGUGAUGCAGCUUUAAGUUUCACUGCUGGAGCUCGCUGACAAAUCUGGGUUACGUUGUCUGCUGAAAUUUAAUUUCAGAGGAUUCUUUUGUCUUUCUUUUUCAUGUAUUUAAGAAGUGGACUUUUGUAAAGCUCAGAAAAUUGUACACUUGCUCUAUAUUAAAGUGCAUUGCAAGCUACAUCUUUUUAUUUAUUUAAAGAUGAUCAAGUCCAUCAUGGAUUUGUUUUUGUCGAGCACUCAGGGCAUUUUUCAACUUUUCCCUCCACUGCAGCAAAACUUUAAAAGCUUCUAUAUACUUCACUUAGACAUUUUAUUCACCUCAAACAGGUACUUUGAGGUUCACAGGCAGGGCGGUGGAUAAAGACCGGACAGCGUUUGAACAAAGUAAAUGUUAGCGGUAUGAAUUAUUUGUUGGCAGGAGUUGAGGGGUGAGCUGCAUGUCAUCCCCUCACUGCUGUGUCUCUCUGACACGGUCUGCCAUCACCCUGUGGCUCAAAUGUCAAAAACCAGUAAACCCACGCAGCGACUGCAGCUGGGUUGGUUUGUUUAUGUGAGUGACAGCAAUCAGACCACUGAUGCAAUAAUAAGGACAUAAGGACAGAUUAUUUAAAUCUGUCCGAUUUUGCAAUCACGUGAAAAAUGUGAAGUGAAAUAGAAGACUGGGAGUAAUGUUAGCAUCAUUUUAAUCACAUACUGUCCCACAGGUAGUUCACCAAUGUGCAGUGUGCAGAUUUCUGACAUUAAAUGGUAGGAUAUCUUGGUUAUCUUGUUUUGCCAUCUGGAGCCAUUCGUGCAAAUUGACUGAGGGUUAAAGGGUAAUUUCACCCGAAUUAUGAAAAACCUUUUCUCAACCCUUGUGGUAUCUUAUAGAAGCCCAUUUCUGCC